UAAAUGAUAGAGAUAUGUGCAGGAAUUUCAUUUUUUCUAACCUAAAAAGUUGAAAUAGAUAACUGAAACUUGGUCCGAUUAAAUUAGUCCAAUUAAAAUUAUAGUCGGAAUCUACUUCAAAUAAGUUCAAAUUAUAUCUAUUUUUCCUUUCUUUUUUGAGUUUGCAGUGGAUUCAAGUUAGCUCCGCAAAUUCAAAAAAUGGCAUACCAGAUUCAAAGUUAACUAUAAUCAAAGCUUUGCGUUCGAUGCUGCCAUAUGAAGGUGUAAAUCAGAAUAUCUUGAAUUUAGAGUUUCUUUUUUUUUGCUGUGAACGUGAAUAAUGGGGUCAAGGUGGAAAGGAAAAGGAGCAGAAGUUAAAGCUCUUGCAGAUCCCAUUUCAGAAAUAGUCAGCCAACUCCAAUCUUCUCUGAUCAGCUCCAAUUCUAAAGGACUGCUUUCUGGUACGGGUGUGCUUCUUAAAGCAGAUGCAGAACUAACUGACCUCCUCAAUCGUGCAUGUUUUGGUAGGCCUAGGGUAACAUCAGAAAAGAAUGAGCAAUGGUUUCAGCUCUCCACGGAAGAAGCUUUUUAUCUUCAACAUUCUCUAAAAUGCAUUAAGAUUGUUGACCACAAUGAUACUGAACUGAACGGUGACGAGUUAUGGAAGCAUAUGACAUCAAGCAGGGAAAAUUUUCCUAUCCUAUUCAAAGCUUUUUCUCACCUUCGAAGUAAGAACUGGGUGGUUAGAUCGGGCUCUCAGUAUGGAGUAGACUUUGUUGCCUAUCGUCAUCAUCCUGCCUUGGUACAUUCUGAAUAUGCUGUGCUAGUUUUAUCAGCACAAGAUGGUAAUGCAAAUGGUCGCUUGAAGGUUUGGUCCGACUUCCACUGCACUCUUCGCCUUUGUGGUAGUGUGGCGAAAACAUUAUUAAUUCUCAACAUUGAAGAACAACAAAGUUGUGCAACUUCUCCGUCGUGCUUAGAUAAUUAUGUUGUUGAAGAGAGAACAAUCACAAGAUGGAGUCCAGAGCAAGGCCGUGAGAAAAAUGUUAAAUCUGACUCAAGAGUAAAGUAGGUUAACUGAUUCAAGAUUAACUCCUACUUUAUCUUGUUCUAGUUUAGUAAUUGUAUUGUGAUUUAAAAGCACUAUGAUUACUACUCUGUAAACAGUGUUUAAUCCACCUAUUUGUUGUAGGCAUUUUGGGCUGACUUUAUGCCCAGUAGAAAUGGUAAACAAUCCUUUCUUAUUGCACUU